AUGCCAAAACAACAGCCGUUUUCUUCUUCCGCUGUUAAUGCGGGAGAGUCUACCUCACUCCUCGGAUCGUCGUCUUCAGGAGUUGCUGUUGGUGAAUAUGAUAAUUAUGAAAAUAAUGAUGGUGGUGACGGAAUGAUGGUGGGUUAUCAACAGGACCAUGGAAUGGCUAUUAAUCAUAUUGGCGGAGAUUCCACAAUUUAUAGAAAUACGGAAACAGAAUUUCCUAAAAAAACAACAAAGGAUUCUAUUGGACAAUUUUAUCAAUUAAAAGAAAAUGAGAUGCUUGAAGAACAUGAACAAGCUCUUGCCGAAUGGGAAUCGGAACAAAGUCAAAGAUCAUUCUUUUCAAAGUGGGUUCCAGGAUACGAUUUUGUAACGUCAUGUAGGAAGGGAAAUCGCUCUAAUGAUGUCGAUGAAAGUCCAGUUCUUGAUGACGGAGUUGCAGAGUUACAUGUGGAUAGAAGUGAUGCUAAACCUCAAAUCAUUCCAGAAUCACUCACACCAAAAAAGGAACACAAACUAGGUGAGCUUUUUGCCACUGCUAUUUGUGGCAAUGAUAUUACAAGUUCAUGCUUGUAUGUUAUUGGUGUUUGUAUCAGUUAUGCAGGUAUUUGGGCUCCUAUUUGUCUCUUACUUGUCAGUGUUUUACUCUUUUUAUUUAGAUCAAUUUAUGCAGAAGUAGGUUCUGCAAUCACACUUAAUGGUGCUUCUUAUACACUCCUUUUGAACACUACAUCGAAAAAGACUGCUUCCUUAGCUGCUUGUUUAACUAUUAUUUCCUAUGUUGCUACUGCUGUCGUUUCAGGAACCUCAGCUAUUCAAUACCUUAAAAAUGUUCCAUAUUGUGAAGACAUUCCCCUCAUUCCUUCUACUGUAAUUCUUUUGGCUAUUUUUGCAUUUUUGAAUUUAAUUGGUAUUUCUGAGAGUGCUUUUGCUGCUGCUCUCAUUUUUAUUUUCCACCUCUUUUCACUUGCCACAGUUACCGUCUAUGGAGGUCUUUAUGUUUCUGUGACAAACAGUUUUGAAAUGCUCCAAAGAAAUUGGCAAUUGAGUCAGAGUGAUAUUUCCGCUGUUGGAAUUGCCAAAUCAAUCUUUUUCGGUUUUGGAGCUGCUAUGCUUGGUGUUACAGGAUUUGAAAGUAGUGCCAACUUUAUUGAACAACAAAAACCAGGCGUUUUUCCAAAGACUUUGAGAAACAUGUGGUGCUUGGUCUCAUUCUUCAAUCCAAUUCUUUGCUUUAUUUCUCUGUGUACACUCCCAUUAUCAGAAUUGACUGACCCAGCUAAGAAUGGUAGUGUCUUGUCUCAAGUUGGUAGAGUUUCUGCUGGCAAAUGGCUUCAAAUUAUGUUAUCUUUGGAUGCUGCUCUUGUACUGAGUGGUGGUGUAUUGACAGCUUACGUUGGUAUUAUUGGUUUGGUUAGACAAAUGUCUAUGGAUAGAGCCUUACCUUCAUUCUUCCUCCAAGUUAAUGCUUUCAGAAAGACCAAUCACUUUAUCAUUAUCUUGUUCUUCAUUUUGUGUGCAUCUAUGGUCACUAUUUUGAAUGGUGACAUUGAAGCCUUGUCAGGAGUUUAUACAAUUUCCUUCCUUUCAGUUAUGAUGCUUUUUGCUAUGGGUGACUUUUUGCUCAAGUACAAGAGAGGACAACUCAAGAGAGACAGAAGAGCCAAAAAGACUGUGAUUGUAGUUUCAGUCAUUAGUGUUGGUAUUGCAUUGUUGGCCAAUAUUUUGGAAAAUCCUGUUUAUCUUGAAUACUUUGCUAUUUAUUAUGCUAUUUGUGCCUUGACCGUAUUGGCCAUGUUUUGGAGAGCCAAGAUUAUGAAGUUUGUCAUAUACUUGGUCUAUUCAAAACUAAGAGAAUGGAAGAUUGCCAAAUCAGUCACAAAUACAAUUUUGAAGUUCUUGGUUAAGCAAGCAAAGAAUGUGAACAGUCAAUCAUUUGUCUACUUUGCCAAAGAUGAUACGAUAGCCAUGUUGAAUAAGGCCAUUUUGUAUGUUCGUGAAAAUGAAUUGACAGAUUGGAUCAAGAUUGUGCACGUCUACAAGAUUCCAAACACUGAGGAAGAGUAUGUUAGACAACAAAAGACUAUCGAUAGAAUCAGAAAUGAUUGUAAGAAAUUGGAUGAAGUUUAUCCAAGAAUGAGAAUUGACUUUGUUGCUAUUGAAAGUGAAAAAGGUUUCGGUGCUGAUGUGAUUAGAUUAAUCGAAAGUAGAUUUGGCAUUAGAAAGAACUUGAUGUUUAUUUCCUGUCCUGCUGCCAAAUUUAAAGUUAGUGAUCUUGGAGGUGUUCGUAUUAUUACAAAUGAUUCAAGUAGUGUUAGCUUCCUCUAAAUUAUAAUCAAUACUUUGAUUUCUAGUAGUAGUAGUAAAUUUGAAUAUGUUCUGUAAUUUUGUUAGAGGUAUCUCUUUCUGCAGUGCAUGUCCUAGAUGAAUUUCAAAUAAAAUCAAUUAAUG